AGUUGCCAAAAUUUGAAAGCACCCUACGUCUCGGCGGCUUCGGUUGAUCACGGACGCUUAAAAACACUUAUUACAAUGGAGCCGAUAAACGAAGAGAACUUCAAAAUGUAUUUUUAUGAGAACAGACUGAAUACUUUCGAGGGGUGGCCCUUUGACGAAGACUGUUCGUGUACUCCGGAGAACAUGGCCAAAGCUGGCUUCAUACACACUCCUUCGGGGAACAGCCCAGACAUCGCUAUGUGUUUCUUCUGCCUCAAAGAGCUGGAGGGCUGGGAGCCAGAGGAUGACCCAGAGAAGGAGCACAAAUCUCACUCAGCAUCCUGCCAUUUCAUGGCCCUGAAGAAGAAAGUAGAAGAUCUGACUGUGGAGGAAUUCUUCAAACUACAGAAGGAGAGGCAAAAGUUCAUCAUUAACAAAUCCUGUAACGAGGCCAUCACAAAGUUUCAAGAUGCAGCCAAAUUGAGAAGAGCCGAGAUCAUCAAGACGGCGAUGGGUGAAGAGUGACGCCAUGGAGAUGCAGGAGGAGGAGCUGGAGAGCAAAGGAUUCAUUGCUGGCUGACUGUUUCUCUCUCCACUUACUCCUCAUGUCUGCACCUUAAACGUGUUUGUUGUUGUUGUGAUGUUUCUUAUUCAUUAAACUUGUUCUUUCUACUUAACGUCGUUUGUUCUUUGAGGAGGGAUUGAGAUGAGAAAUGUACCACUGUCUAUAAUCUGUGAUUCCACAUUAAAGUAGAAAGAGGAAAGCUUUCUGGCUUUAUUUCCUUCUGUCCAGAUGUUCAAUAAACU